UUAUGGGUCCCUUUGUUCAACCCCCUUUUUCUAAUUUGCGGGUUUCACCGUGGGGGGUCGUACCAAAGAAGGAACCAGGAAAAUUUUGACUAAUACAUCAUUUGUCUCAUCCGAAGGGCGCAUCAGUGAAUGAUGCGAUACUUCAGGAGGAGUCAUCAGUGUCGUAUGUAUCGUUUGAUCGGGCGGUGGCGCUAGUAAGGGAAGCUGGGAAAGGGGCUCUGUUGGCAAAAUCGGAUGUAGAAUCAGCAUUUAGGCUCCUGCCUAUUCAUCCGGAUUGUUUCCAUUUGCUUGGGGGUUGUUUUGAGGGUUUCUUCUAUUACGAUACCUGUUUGCCUAUGGGCUGUUCCAUUUCGUGUCACUAUUUCGAGUUGUUUAGUUCAUUUUUGGAGUGGGUGGUGCGUUUUGAGUCUGGUUGUUCGUCGGUGAUUCAUUACCUCGAUGACUUCUUGUAUGUAGCGCCGGGGGGUAUGGGAGUCUGUCAGGCUCUGUUAUCUGCCUUUUUGUCAUUGAUGGAGCGUUUUGGGGUUCCCAUAUCAGCGGAAAAGACGGAGGGUCCGGUGACGCGGUUGUCUUUCUUAGGUAUUGAAAUAGAUUCGGUGGCUAUGGUUUUUCGUUUACCGCAGGACAAGUUAGUUGGGUUGAAGGCUUUGAUUGAGGGGUUUCUGGUGGUAAGGAAGGUGACUCUUAAGCAGCUGCAGUCGCUUUUGGGUUUGUUGUGUUUUGCUUGCCGGGUUAUGCCUAUGGGGCGUGUUUUUUCGCGGCGGUUGUCUUUGGCAACACGGGGAGUGGUUUCCCCUCAGCAUCGCAUUCGACUGACCAAGUCGCUCAAGGCUGAUUUGAAAGUGUGGCAUGAAUUUUUAUGUUCUUACAAUGGCCAUACGUGUUGUAUUUCGCAGGAAAUAUCUAGUUGCGAGCUUGAGCUGUGGUCGGAUGCAGCAGGCUCCUGUGGAUUUGGUACGGUGUUGGGUAAGGAAUGGUGUGCAUCUCCGUGGCCGGAUGAGUGGAGAGAUUUGGGGUUGGUGAGUAACCUUACAUUGCUGGAGUUGUUCCCUAUUGUAGUUGCAGUUGAGAUUUGGGGUGACAGACUAGAGAAUCGUCAUGUGUGUUUUUGGUCGGAUAAUUUGGGUACGGUUCAAUGUAUUAAAAGGUUGUCUUCUUCAUCAUUGCCGGUUCUAGCAUUGCUUCGGCAUUUGGUGCUAAGGUGCUUGGAGCGCAAUAUUUAUUUUAGGGCACGUCAUGUGCCGGGGGUGGAUAACAGGAUCGCUGAUGCUCUUUCUCGAUUCCGUUGGCAGGUUUUUCGGGACCUUCUUCCGGAGGCGGAAAUGGAUGGACGAGUGUUCCCGGAUUUCCUAUGGUAAGACCGAUCAGUUCGGAAAAGGAGUAUGGUUACCUAUCCAUCCAGUUGCUAGCGGGGCGUGCCCUAUUAGAUUGGUUUCAGAGUACAUGGCGGUGAGGGUGAGUGGGAGAAAUUUUUUCGUUCAUGCCGACGGGUUACCCUUGACGAAAUUUCAGUUCGCUUCGGUGUUGCGUAGAUGCUUGGAGCAGUUGGGGUUGGAUCCGGGGGAAUUCGGUACUCACUCCUUUAGAAUAGGUGCGGCGACGGAGGCGGC